AUGGUUUCGCAACGCGAUCCCGAACCUCCAUCCCACUCGCUCGCCGUCCGGGGAGCUCAGUCCGUAGUCGGCACGCGAUCCUCCCGGCCCCACGGCUCGUCGCGCAGCAAGCGAUACAACCGCUCCCACGCCGGCGGCGCCUCCUACAUACCCCAGAAUGAGUUCCCGGUCUUCAGCGCCUCGGGCGACGUCGAGAUCCUGAUCAAGGCGGGCGGGAGGGUCAACAGAUACCUGCUGCACAGGCACACUCUCACGCGAUGUUCGGGCUUCUUUGAGGCCUCGACCAGCCAGCAAUGGUCCAAGGCCAGCAUCCUCCCAGCCCUCCCGGAACCCCCGAGUACAGACGUAGCGCGGAUAGCAGAGGACAGUGGUGUCAGUCUAGGAAGUGGCAGCUCUACGGGGAGCGGCUAUGAAAUCACACGGCCAGGCGCAGGAUCGCCGGGCCCAAGAAGGCGGUGGAGGUACGAGCUAGACCCAGGGACUGGCCGGGACGAUAUACCGAUGCUGGUGCAGAAAGAGGCGGAUACCAACGGCGCCUUGACGGGCUCAGGCGCGACACAGCAAACCAACUCGAUAUUCGGCGGAGGGCCUAGCGCACAUACGUCGUCGAGUCGUCACAAACACUCGCAAUCGGCGACACACACGACCUCUUCGUUCUUCCGCUCCGUGGCAAACCUGUCUUUGACUGGCCACCACUCACCAAACAACCCACCGCCCGAUGAUGGCCCGCCUCUUUCGCAAGCGGAUAACGAUCUUCUUCGCGACUACGACAACCUCUUUCGCAUAUUUUACAAUUACCCACCCGUGCUAGAUGGUAUCAACAUAGCGGACGCAUACGUUCAGUGCAAAUCGCUGUUGACACUGGCAGACCAAUACGAUGCGCUUGCAGUCUGUGGUCCACGGGUCGACCAUCACCUCUUGCAAUUUCAGUCCCGUCUAUGGAAACAGAUAGCGAAAUACCCCGUAUCCUACCUCAAGCUGGGCUAUCUGAGCAGAUCCAAGGUCAUAUUCCAGGAGGCCCUUAUCCAUGUCGUAGGGCAGUGGCCGGCCGGCGAGCGAAGUAUCAGGAGCGCAUUACCAGAGAUAGUAUUGGACAUCAUCGAGGACAAGGUCGACGAGUUGGAAGAGACGGUAUCGCGCAUAGAAGGGCGUCUGUUCCGACUCAAUCUGACCAACUCCCGCGGUGAGAGGGUGACGCCUGCCACGUCGUAUCUCGACUGGCUCGCUGUGAGCUUCUUCCGGCAAUGGCUCGCGGACAAUACUGCCCCGGCUCCUCCGCCGCCGCCAGCUCCCUCAGGCUCAGAUCGCCGAGGCGGUUCCGCGAACCGGCCAGCUCCUCCUCCCCCACCCCCGGCUGCUAUGCCCAGUCUCGCGACCGUUGGCCGGACAUACCGCGCAUUAGGCUCCGCCAACAGCGCGGCCUACCUGACCCACGAAGAAUGCAAGCGUUUCCUGAAGCUCACGCCGGAUCUUUACAGCCGAGACAACCUCCGGAGGUUCGAGAAGCGCGUGGACGAGAUGAAGACCGCCGCAAGGGAACUCGUGCGGCCGCUCAUGGGCAGCGGCCUGGAGCUCGAGCUGAGCAACCCGGGCAAGGACGGCGCUGUAGCUGCGCCGGUCGGGUAUCUAACCUGUGUUCGGGUCGUGGAGAGAGAUUUGCCCUGGGCUGCUGAGGAUUGA